CGUCGUGGCUGGACAAUCGCUCGAACGAUGCCUUCUCUGCUGGAGCUGCUGCUGCUGCUGGGGCUGCUUGUCGCGAGCGGCGCGAACAGGCCGACGUCGAGCGGGGACUACAUCAGUCUGAGACUGCGGCAGACCAGGAAUUCGUGGCUAGGCGCCGAGGACGCAGCCGAGGCGCGCCAGUGGAAGAAUUUGUGGAGUCGGCCAAGCCGACAGCAGCCUCGCGCGGUCGGCCUGUUCGACGAGGCGUUGCCGAUCGACGAGCGCCGGGUGCUGUCGGUCGCGCUAAAUUUAACCGAAGCCAAUAGCACGGGAGCGAAGCGCCAAUUGAAUCUCGCCUCCGCGAGUCAGCCCAUCAAGUUCAUUAAGAGCUAUUCUCGGAGCGCGCUGUCGCUCCUCGUCCUCUGCCGAGUGACUUAUUGCGCUCAUUAUCGGACUCUCGACGGCUCGACCUUCCAGCGCGCGCAGGCGAUCGCCCAUCCGGCACUCCUGCCGAUCGAUGCGGCCUUCUUUUGGCACGCCGGCGAGCCGCAUCUGGUCAUUGCCUACGACUCCGAGGACGCGGUACCCACUUCCAAGAUUUACCGCUGGAGCGGCACGCGCAUGGCUCUCGUGGCCGACGUCGGCGUACCCAGUCCGAAGUCGGUCGCCGCCUUCCGAAGCGGUCGCUCGACGCUCCUGCUGUUUACGCUCGCGCGAGGCGCCGAGGGCGCUUGCGUCAUUUACGAGCUGGGCGACCAAGACUCGACCCACCGACUGAGCUCGGCCGCCAAUGUGGGUGCGCUCCUGUUGAUUCAACCUUACGAAGAUGCCGAGCGCUCGCUCUUCCUGGCGAUCGACGCCGCCGGCUCGGCUUCGAUAUUGCGCUGGAACGGUGCUGCCUUAGAGAGCUUGGCGAACCUGCCGGACGUGCGGCCAGUCGCCUACCUAGUGCGCAUCGUGCAGGUGGACAACGAGACGCUACUGUUCGUGGCCUAUCCGAGCGCCCUGCUCGUCUACCGACUGCUGGCCGAGAAAGCCGUGCACCUGGCGGAGCUGACGCUGCCGAGCGGACAGCGCGUCGUCGACGCGACGGCCUGGAGGCACGGCGACGCGACGAUGGUGCUGCUCGUCAAAAUUAACACCGACGGCACGUUCCAGACGGAGCUCUGGCAACUGAAUCCGCGGGCCGAGCGGCCGAGCGGCGUCGACGACGGCGACGACGAUGAGGCACAAGUGCGGGCCUGCUUGAGGGAACUGAGGCGCGCGCUGGACUCGAGAGCGGCGACGAUAGAGCGCUUUCGAGCUGUCCAAUCGUGGCGAGAUUCGGUGAACGCGAGCGAGAGCGGUCCGCUGCGCCUCGGCGACCUGCGCGUAAGCGGCGGGAGCGUGUCCGUCGUGGAGUUUCGCGGGGGGCCGAACGUGACGCCGCCGAGUCCUCGAGGCACGCGGGACCGGCUGGUCGAGCUGCGCGGCAGGGCGAGUGCGCUGAAGGCGGACGCGCUAGCGAGCCAGGCCAUGCUCUCGGGCAACGUGAACGUGCUCGACGGGGCGAGCAUCGACGAGAUGCACGUCGACCGGCUGGAGGCCGGUCGCGUGAACGGCGAGCCGGCCGACCUGAGUAGCUACCUCGUCUCCGGCGUCGAGCAGCGGUUCGCCACGGCUCUGAGCGUGCGCGAGGCGAGCAUCGACGAGCUAAGCGUGUCCUCGCUGUGCGGCUACGGCUUCGACCAUUGGAUGCAAGUUAAUGACUCGGCGAGGAGCAGCAUCGCCAAUUUGAGCAAUAGCGCGGGCUCGACAAUCGUAAACGACACGAUUGUCAUUGAAUCGGACUUGAUAAUGAAAGAGCUGAAGGCGAGGCGCAUCGGCGGCGUUGACUGGCGGGACUUCCUGGAAGGUCUGUUCGUCAUCGGCAGGCAGCAGACGAUCCAAGGUGUCGUGCGCUACGAGGGUCCGGUGCAGGUGACGAGGCUGUACAGCGAGCGCGUGAACGAUGUGCCGUCAUCGGAUUUAAUAACCAAGCCGUCCAAUCAAAGCCUGCGAGACGCGUUUAUCGAGACGCUGGAGGUUGAGCGGCUGUACGUGGACAAAGUGAACGGCGUGGCGAUCGGUGAGGCCGCUAGAAUGUCGACAGAGAACGUUAUCAGAGGCAAGGUCACGCUGGCCAGGCUCGUCAUCACGGACGAGCUGAGCGUGGAGCCGAGCAUCGCCAUCCCGCUGAUGCAGCCCAUCCAGGACUACGAGCGCGUGCACAUCGAUGGGGACGUGUUCCUGAGGAGCCUGCAGCUCGGCGAGCGCGGCGCGCUGCACCUUGGCGGCGAGCGUCUGCGCACCGGCGUGCGCGGCCUCGCGGCCGGCUGCUGGACCCGGUCCGGCGACCAGCUGAUCGAGGCGCCGGUCAGCCUGCGGCGCGGCGCCACCGUGGACCGCCUCAACUGCCGCUACCUCAACGGCCUCGGCGAGCGCGAUUUCCUCUACACCGACGCGGCCCGACUGGCCGACCUCGAGAACGUCACCUUCGCCAGUUUCCGCUUCGGUGGCGGCGUCGGCCGCGCCUCCGCGGGCCACCCCGAGCGCGUGGUCGAGGAGGCCGCCGACCUGUUGACCUUCCGCCGGGCCGUGCGCUUGCGGCGGCUGACCGUGCGCCACAGCCUGUUUACCGAGCGGUUCAACGGCAUUCCCGUGCGCGCCGUGACGGACGCGCGCCCGGACCGACCGCCUCGGCUGCCCGGCGAGCUGCGUCUCGAGACGCUGCGCGUGGGCGCGGGCGGCAUGCGCGCCGGCGAGCUUCGCGUCGCGCGGGGUGAACGCGCGGCGCGGCGUCGCCGAGGCGCUGGCGGGCGCGCUGCGCGCCGACGGCCCCGCCACGUUCGACCGGCCGCCGCGCGGCGCCGCGCUGCUGGCCUCGCGGUCCAGCGUGGCCAGGCUGAACGGGCGCCACCUGGAGCGCGCCCUGCGCCGCCUGGAGCGGCUGGCAGGCGCGGGUGCGCACCGGCCCGGCUCGCUGGCGGUCGAGGCCGAGCUCGCGCUCGAGGACGGGCUGCGGGUCGAGCGCAUCAACGGCGAGCCCGCGGGCGACUACGUCGAGCGCAUGGGCCGCGACGAUCCGGCGAACUUGCUGGACGCGCGGGGCCCCGGCCGCCUGCGCGUCACGGCGACGCGCGGGUCGGCUCUCUGAACGGCCGGGCGCUCGAGGACCUUCUCGCCACUGCGCUGUCCAGGGCCGAGCGCCAGACGCUCGCCGGCACGGUCAGCUUCGGCGACGCGCGGCUCGAGUACCUGACCGCGAGCGCGAUCAACGGCGUCGACCUCUCCCAGUUGGUCUACGUCGACCGCCCGGCUGUGCUGCGCGGCGACGUCACCUUUUCUCGUCUGUUCGUCGACGGCCACGUCGGCAGCCGGACGCUCAACGGUCAGGACGUCUCGCAGCUCGCGAGCAAGCUGCGCCGCCUGCCGACCGACGGCCUGGACAACUUGCUGGUUCAGGCUAACGUCAAGUGGGAAGAACCAUCGGGCGUCUCGCACUCCCUGGCUCGCUUGCUCGACGAUGCGGUCACCACGCGCGACGAUCAGCUGAUCGUCGCGCCGGUCACCUUCCAAAGGCCCGCCAUCGUGGAGUCGCUCUACCUGAGCGGAGACGCCGGCUCCGAGAUCGCGCGUAAGAUCAGCGAGAUUGUCGCCGACACGGUCGUCGACGCUGGCAGAGCCUCCGAUCCAAUAGCCGUCGGAGGCACUAAAAUAUUUAAGCAGGCAUUGGUAGUUGGCGAUCUCGAGGUUCAGGGCAACAUCGACAUCGACCACGUAAACGGCCUCGACGUUCGUCAGGUCAGUUCGCGAAUUUUUCGCAAAGACAAGGCAGAACUCGUGUCGGCCGACAUUACCUUCCUCGAUGCAGUCGAGAUCGGUCGUUUGAUCACCAAGGCCAAUGUCCACGGGGUCGCGCUGCAGCAACUCGCGCUGCUCGACCAAAAGAUGCCCAAGAAAUUACAUUUUCAAGACUUGCGCGUGGACGGCAACGUCUCGGUGCACAAGCUCGACGGGGUUGACUUGGACGACUUCCUCAAGCGCAGAGUGACCGUGGACGAAGAUAACGAAAUAUUCGUCGACGCGGAAUUCGCGCACUCGGUUCAAGUAUUGAAUGGCACUAUGGUCGCAUCGAUCAAUCAAGUAGCUCCGGAAUCUUUAGUGCAAAACAAUGCCGACGGUACGCCCAUUAUGGUUCACGGAGGUAUAAUCUUUCGUUCGAAUCUGACCGUCGAGCGAAACUUGGAAACCACACGGAUUAACGGCUUCGAGGCAAAUGCGAUCUACGAUAAUGCGGUUAUGAACGGCGCGAAGGCCAACAUCUCCGGGAGCUUGGUGUUCGAGGGCACGGUGGAGUUGUCAGGCGAUAUCAGCGUAUCCGGAAAAGUCAAUGGAUUGCAAUUGUGGCGUGCUGGCGGAAAAAAAUAUCUGCAAAACCCAUUGGUACAGGCUGCCUUGAGUAAAGUGUCAUCUUUGCUCAACGCUUCGCUCGACUUGGAUAAAUUCGAGCUAGGACGGACGAGAAGCUCGGGAACUAGCGUGCUCUACUUGGAACCGGAGAGGACAUUCGAUUGGCACUUUGCCGGUAUCCAAGCUAUCAAGAGUGCAUCGAUAAAAGAUAAAACUCGAUUGGAGUUCGUCACGGCGGAAGCGGCCGCACUUUGCGAUUUGCCAAGCGGCUGUUCGUGCAGACUGCAGCGCGUUGUCGACGUUUUGCCGUCGGGAGAAUAUGAAAUCCGGGAGGAAAGCCUGAACAACCUCAGGAAUUCGUUUUACGCGCCCGAGGCUGCUUACGAACUGACGAUUGUUAGCAGAUCGGUAUCGUACAGCAAACGGUGCUCGAAAUCCAGCGGCGAACACGAGCAUUCCAGGAUAUUUUGGUUUAACUCGGAUCGACAUCGAGAGACAUCGAGACGGGUGCCGGCGCUCCUGAUCGAUGGCUACGUUUCGGAUGCUCAAAUUUUCCAGGUCGAGGACCAAUUGUACCUCAUCGUAGCCAUAUUUUACAACAAAGAGGCCAAUACUCACGCGACCAACUCUUUGCUGUACCGGUUUGACUUGACGAACGGGAAAACGCACUUGGUCCAAAGAAUUGCAACACACGGAGCGAGGAACGUAAACGUUUUCCAAAUUCCAAAUGUUGGAAUCCACCUUUUAAUCGGCUGCGUGAAAGGUCGAGCGGAAUCCUUACUUUUGAGAUUCAUUCCGGAUACUCGUCAGUUCCAGGAGAUUCGCACUUUCGCAACAGGUGGCAGCAAACACGUUGCGUCAGUCAGCUUCAACGACAAAAGCUUUGUUAUUCUCAGUAAUCCAGACGUCAGCGCUUUGCAAAUAUUCAACUACGAGGCCGAUUUCGACUCUUUCGUCGACUAUCAAACUCUACCCUUUCAGUCUCGGGUCACUUCUCUGGGAGUUUUCUAUAGCGGAGACUUCGGACAGAGCGAUGCUUUCGUUGUUACAACUACCAAGGAUGGUUGGCUUUACAUAUACGAAUACAUGUUCUACGGGAAGUUCCAACGAAAGAUGUCGUAUUGGGCUGACGAUAUUCAAUUUCUUACACCUUUUCGUCACAUGAGUGAAAAUUAUUUAUUUGCUGGAUUCAAAUUCAAUAGUACAGUUUACAAAGUUAUUCAACAAGGUUAUUAAUCAGU